AUGGAGAUCCCGGUCUAUACAGUAGAUGCCUUUACUAAUUUACCAUUCAAGGGAAACCCUGCGGCAAUCUGCCCGCUUAUGCACGUGAGUACUAGUAUUUAACAGUCAGUGCAGUUGUGUUUACAGACACCAUGUGAUGACCUGCAGUGUAGGGCCUGUGUACAGCAGCUGUUUAAUGAAGGAUGUUUAGAUAAUUCAGUCAGAAAAGUUGAUUUACUGUAAAGUAUCACGUCCUGUUUGGCAAACUUAGCAUUUAUAGAUGCCUUCAGUCUGUUUGCUACUGAAGAGAUGUCACUCAAAUAUUAAGCCUAUCUGUUAUUAUGUAUGUAUACGUUCUUUUUUUUCCUAAUCAGGAGCUGAGUGAUGACCUGUAUCAGAAAAUAGCAGCAGAGAUGAACCUGGCAGAAACAGCUUUCGUCACCAGGCUCAACCCCUCUGACAAUUUCACAACAGGUCAGACUGUAUCUAUUUGACAUACUUCAAAUACAUCUAGACAUUUUCUAAUCAUAAAUGUAAGUUUAAGUUUUCCUAUGAGCCUUUCUGACAAUGGUUGUACAGCCUGUUUAUUCCCUGUUUGGUGGUUCAGGCUGUUUAUCGAGAUACUCUUUUGCCAGGAAAAAAAAACUAUAAAGACACAGCAAUAAAGAUGUUGUGGUAUUGCAAGUGUUGUAAUAGUUAGGUGUCAGAUUUUCUGUCUGUACAACCUUGAAUUGUGUAAGACAGGUAAAGUUUAUACAUGUAGCACAUUGUACAGACAAGACAAGUUUAUGUUGAUAAAUACAGAUAUGAAGAAAGACAAUAUCUAGGCACAUGAAGAGCCACAUAAUGGAACUUAUAUGUAAACAAUGACACAAUACCAAGGAACAUUGAAAUACAAAAUACAGACACAAAGAGAUUAUAGUAUAAAAUAAGGUGGGGUUUAUUAUUCACAGGUCUGUUUAAAAAGAUAUGUGUUCACCUGUUUCAGCAGGGUUAGCAGGACACAAAGAUAAAGACAGACCAUUAACAUUUAUCUCUAGGCUUUAAGGUCUGCUUAUAAAGUCCGGGUGCACGAAUAAGAAAACAGGAAAAUGAAUGGUUAUGGAAAUAAACUCAAAAACAGAACAAGCAUGUCAGACCACGCUUAAGAAAUUCUGGUUGCCGGUAAAAAGAAAGCUGUGAAGCUCUUUGCUGUUCACUGGGGUUGGAAUGCGUGUUCUUGUGUGUGCACAAACUGAAAAAAAAACACAUGUCCUCAGCAGUUUAAAAGGUAACAAUGUUCAAAACACAGAUAAGACUUGCAUUGUUGGGAAUGAGAAGAACAAUGCCAUGAGCUGAGAGUCAAAAAUGCACAGUGUGCAGUCAUUUUGUGUUUUGUGCACUGCUGAAAAUCUCUUAAAUAUACAUGUCAACCAAGGUCAAAACACAGAGCCAUGAAACUUAAAAAGGUGUCCGGAUUCACAUUGUUCACUGAGAAAACUCAUGGAUAAGCACAUCAUAGUACAGUCUAAUAAUCCUCCUGGAUAAAAUGUAACAAUAAACCACAAUGAUGGGUAAGGAUUUAAACUUGAAUAUUUUAGCAAUGUCACUAGAUAAACUCUGUUUUGCCUAUUUUUCCACAUGACUAUUCUUCUGCUGUCAGAAUCAUCAAAACAACAUACAUACAUACAUACAUGAUAAAGUACAUAUAUCUCAGUCUGUCCAAGCAUAUUUGAAUACCUUACAGUAUAGAAACUAUUCUUUUUAAUUCCAACAGCUAAGAUACAGUCAUAUUCAUACAGUAAAUGUAAGGAUGGCGGAUGUGUUAAAACCAGGUUUCUAUACAAAGUAGGAAUUGUUUUGAAGUUGCUAUGAACUUGAUAUGUAUGUGUGUAAGAGCACUUAACUGAUAACAUGGUGUUAUUAACAGGAUCAAGGUUUCGUCUGCGAUGGUUUACACCCACCAAUGAAGUAAAUCUGUGUGGUCACGCCACUCUGGCCACGGCAGCAGUGCUGUUCCUGUAUGAAAGUAAGUUACAAAGCAAACAGGGAUACAAAAACAGCACAUCACAAUUAUUCCACAGUAAAAAUCCACUCAGUGUACCAACCUCAGUAAAAUCCAGUCCAAUCCCAUAAGUUACGUAUAAUGUUGAAAGAACAGAAUCAUGGUAUGCAAAUCAUUUGAUUGAAAAUAGUUCAAAAACAACAAAUUAAACAUUUAAACUAAUAGAUUUUAAUAUUUUGUGAAAAAUAGAUGCCACUUUAUUAGGUACACCAUGCUAGUAACGGGUUGGACCCCCUUUUGCCUUCAGAACUGCCUCAAUUCUUCGUGGCAUAGAUUCAACAAGGUGCUGGAAGCAUUCCUCAGAGAGCUUGGUCCAUAUUGACAUGAUGGCAUCACACAGUUGCCGCAGAUUUGUCGGCUGCACAUCCAUGAUGCGAAUCUCCCGUUCCACCACAUCCCAAAGAUGCUCUAUUGGAUUGAGAUCUGGUGACUGUGGAGGCCAUUUGAGUACAGUGAACUCAUUGUCAUGUUCAAGAAACCAGUCUGAGAUGAUUCCAUCAUCUACAGGGCGUAAUAUCACUAAGUAGCCAUCAGAAGUUGGGUACAUUGUGGUCAUAAAGGGAUGGACAUGGUCAGCAACAAUACUCAGGUAGGCUGUGGCGUUGCAACGAUGCUCAAUUGGUACCAAGGGGCCCAAAGAGUGCCAAGAAAAUAUUCCCCACACCAUGACACCACCACCACCAGCCUGAACCGUUGAUACAAGGCAGGAUGGAUCCAUGCUUUCAUGUUGUUGACGCCAAAUUCUGACCCUACCAUCCGAAUGUCGCAGCAGAAAUCAAGACUCAUCAGACCAGGCAACGUUUUUCCAAUCUUCUAUUGUCCAAUUUCGAUGAGCUUGUGCAAAUUGUAGCCUCAGUUUCCUGUUCUUAGCUGAAAGGAGUGGCACCCAGCGUGGUCUUCAGCUGCUGUAGCCCAUCUGCCUCAAAGUUCGACGUACUGUGCGUUCAGAGAUGCUCUUCUGCCUACCUUGGUUGUAACGGGUGGUUAUUUGAGUCACUGUUGCCUUUCUAUCAGCUCGAACCAGUCUGGCCAUUCUCCUCUGACCUCUGGCAUCAACAAGUCAUUUCCGCCCACAGAACUGCCGCUCACUGGAUAUUUUUUCUUUUUCGGACCAUUCUCUGUAAACCCUAGAGAUGGUUGUGCGUGAAAAUCCCAGUAGAUCAGCAGUUUCUGAAAUACUCAGACCAGCCCUUCUGGCACCAACAACCAUGCCACGUUCAAAGUCACUCAAAUCACCUUUCUUCCCCAUACUGAUGCUCGGUUUGAACUGCAGGAGAUUGUCUUGACCAUGUCUACAUGCCUAAAUGCACUAAGUUGCCGCCAUGUGAUUGGCUGAUUAGAAAUUAAGUGUUAACGAGCAGUUGGACAGGUGUACCUAAUAAAGUGGCCGGUGAGUGUAGAUGCUCAUUUAAGAUGUGAUGCCAGCAGCAUGUCUCAAAACAUUGGGAUAGGGACAGUAAAAAAAUUACUGAAAAAGUUGUGAGAAAAUUGAAACCCCUGGAUGGUCAACUUACAACUAUUACAGUAACUUGCAGCAGGUUAGUAACAUGACUGGGUAUGAAAAAGGGAUCCCUGAGCUGAGUCUCAGGGGUAAAGAUGGGAUUGGGCUUUGUGAGAGACUGGUGAGGAGAAAGGUUUGCAAUUCUAGGAUAAUGUUCCUGAGCAGAAUGAGUGGAUUUCAUCAUCUACAGGGCGUAAUAUCACUAAGAGAUUCAGAGGAUCUGGAAAAACCUCUUUACAAAAGGGACAAGGACCAAAAACAACACUGACUGGCUAUGAUCUUCAGGUUCCAAGGCAGCAGUGCAUUCAUGACAGAUAUGACUCUGUAGUGGAAAUUACUGCAUGUGUCACUUCCAGAAAACACUGUCUGAGAGUACAGUUUGUCCUUGAAUCAAAAAAUGCAGGUUAAAACUGUACCAUGUAAAGAGGAACCUAUACAUAAACAUGAUCCAGAGAUGCCAGUGACCUCUUUGGGCCAGAGCCUGUUCAAGAUGCAGGAGAAUGCAUCCUAAGGUAGCCAACAUCCCUGAUGGCAUGGGUGGUUCACAUAUCUGGGAAGGCUCCAUCAGUGCUGAAUGAAGUACAUAGGCCUUAUAGUCUGAGUACUGAACUAGCUGGCCUGCAGUCCUAAGUUGCCUGAAAACAUUUGGAGCAUCAUGAAACAAAAAAUAUAUCAAAGGAGACCCCAAGCUGCUGAGUAGAUGAAACCCUAAAUCAGACAAGAAUGGGACAUUUCACUCUCAGUACUCCAGAAACUGGUCUUCUGGGUUCACUGAUAUAUACAGAAUGAGGUUUAAAACAUGAGCCCCAACGACUGUUUUGGAAUUCAAAACAAGUAUAUGUUUUUCAUAAAAUAUCAUUUCUUCAGUUUAUAAGUUUGUCUUUGCACCAUUUUAAAUUGAAUUCAGGUCUUAAUUGAUUUGCAAACCGUAAAAAUCCUUGUUUAUUUCACAUUUUGAAAGUACUUAACUUUAACAGAAUUGGGGUUGGAUAUUUUCACCUUUUGCCUCAGAAGCAUUUUCAUAUACUCUAGUAAAGAUUACUCAGUAACAUGUGAACACUCCAGUUCACCUCACUCACCAGCUGCCUUGUGAUCAUUUUAUUUCAUCUGUUCAUCUCACAUCUGACAGAAAAUGAGAAUUCAUGUUUAGAGUUGUUUGAAGUAAGAUGGCUGUCACACAGCAGGGAGAGCGCUACAUCAUGGACUUUCCCCUAAACCCACCAACCCAAGAGGUGCAGUGUAUGAUCUUGAGAUUAAUGUUUAUUUCAACAAGUUAAGGUUUCAUCGUCUUGCUCUGCUGGGCUGAAAGCUAUGAAAACACAAUCAGCCCAGUUCUCACGUGGUGACUGAAAUAUAACACAGCUUGUUUUGAGUCUACAGCAUUCAUUCCACUAUUUUAUCUUCUCUGAAACACAUAAAAUCAUACAACCAUCGUAACACAAAGUAAUUAACUGGUAUCACAAGAUUUUCAAAGCUAUUCUUCAGUAAACUCCUGUGAAAAAAACAUUACAAAUAUUAUUUUUCACAGCUUUUUUUCCGUGUCUAAUAUGUUCUCAGGAUGCAAAUGAAUUCAGAGACAUCAUCAAGGUCAGUAAAAUGCACCAUUGUGGGUAAAAAGUAUAUUUUCUGCCCCCUCUCAGUCAGAUAAGCUGGUGUGCUUUGAUUUUGUACUUGCAUAUCUCACCGUGUCUCUGAUUCUGCAUGUGUGAUACAGGCCGCAGUUGGGAACCUCCCUGGUCUGAGAAACUGGGAAACACCAAGAAGAUGCUGGGUAAUUUCACUUGCAUAAUAUCAUAAUUGAUUACAAACUUAUCAAACUCUGUCUUUUCUUUAUGCACACUUUUGUAUAACCGUAUUUGUUUGUGACUCAGUACUGUGCUGUGGGGAUGUGUGUUUCUCCAGGUCGGUGCUGACCAGUCUUAAAGUUGACCCUGCAGCUCUUAUGAGCAGUGAGAAGAGUGGGAGAGUGAAAGGACUAAUCCUCACUAUGAAAGGUCACUGGAGCAAAAAUGUGAUACUUUAGAGACUUUAGGGUCAUGAUGGCUUUAUUUUGUAACACCACGAUAAACAUGUCAUGUUUAAUAAAAUGAUGGUGUAUAUGAAUUGGAUAAGAUGGUUCCUAAAUAAAGAUAAUAAUAAAAUCUGUUUGAAGCCUGAGAGCGUUCAUAUUGAAUCUACUUGUAACAUUGAGUGUUUUUUUGUCGUUGUGUUCACUGAGGUCAACCCAGAUCAUUUAUUAAACCAGAGGUAAUGAUCAAUCAAAAUGUAGAGACACAACAUAGAAAGUCUGACUCACAUUGAUUUUAAAGUCAGAAUCACAGUUAAUGGUCCAUCUGACGCUUCCAUCCUGUCACAGGUAGACCCGCAUUCAAACUUCUAAUACCUACAACUAUCUCUGCAUGUAGAGUCAGAGUCUUUGAAGGGUGUAGUGUUUGAUCAUACGGUCUUCCUUUUAGAUUUGAAAGCAAACAAAACAUAACUGAAACAAAUGCACACUGUCAGUUUCUUGUAAGAUGUAAGUUGGUCCUCGAAUUGUAGAAUAUUCCUCUGGUUAAAUGUUACUGUCUGAUUUCUGUCUUUGCAGGUUCUGCCCACACUGUGCUAGGAAGCUACUGGUCUGAGAAACUGGGAAAGAAGAAGAUGCUGGGUAAUUUCACUUGCAUAAUAUCAUAAUUGAUUACAAACUUAUCAAACUCUGAGCUAGUUCACUUUGACUAAGCCAUGAAAAAACUGACAGUUUGAUCCUGUGUAUGUGUGCAGCUUUCCAGUGCUCUAAACGAGGAGGGGAGCUGGAACUAGAAGUGAGAGAUGAUGGAAGAAUCAACAUAUGUGGAAAUGCUGUUUUUGUGCUGCAGGGGACAAUCAAACUGUAG